AUGAAGAGAAAGAAUGAGAAACAGGAUGAGGAUGAAGACGACGAGAAGGGAAAGGUGGAUGAGCAGAACGAGAACGAGAACGAGAAGGAGGACGAGGAGCACAAGAAGCAGGAUGAGGAGGAGCACAACGAGGAUGAAAAGGAGGAAGACGAGGAUGAGGACGAAGAGAAUGAAGAGGAGGAUGAAAACAACGAUAAGGAGGAGAACGAGAAGAACGAAGAGAAAGACGAUGAGGAUGAAAAACAGGAGGAGAAGAAGGAUGAGGAGGAGGAGGAUGAGCAGGAGGAGAACGAGGAGGACGAGAAGCAGGAUGAGGAGGAGCAGGACAAUAAGAACAAAAAAGAGAAGGAAAAUGAGGACGAGGACAAAGAGGAUGAAGAGCAUGAACAGGACAAUGAGGAUUAGGAUAUAGAGGAGAAUGACAAUGAGGAUAAGGACGAGGAAAACCAGAACGAAGAGAAAAAGAACGAGGAUGAAAAGGAGGAA